UGUAAAACAACAAAUUCAAACGUUUUCGUAAUCUCGAACACCUCUGAAGCUUUCUCGAUCUCCUUAUUAGGUUUUAUUGUACUCAUUAUCUGAUUCAGUCUUUCACUUUAAAUAAGGGUUUACAAUUCGGUAUUGAGGGUUUUUUUUCCUUCCAACAAUUCACAAUUUGCAUUCUUAAUAUCUGAACGAUUAAUCAAUGGGAGGAAAGAAUUCGAGGGAAAAAAGAGCGAGAUGUGAGCAUUCGUCAUCGUUUUCAGGUAAUCAGUACAGCGGUUAUCUUUCGCAACCAUAUUUCGCUCUUCCGCCACCUGCUACUGCUCCUCCGGCAUCUCCUCCUCGACCACAUAAGAAGAAGAAGCUUGACAAAAGAUAUUCAAAAAUCGACGAUAGUUACACCUCUUUGGAACAGGUGACAGAGGCUCUUACACUUGCAGGACUCGAGUCUUCUAACCUCAUUGUCGGCAUUGAUUUCACCAAGAGCAAUGAAUGGACAGGUUCAAAAUCCUUCUAUGGAAAAAGCCUACAUCAUACUGCAGAUCAUAGUCUAAAUCCCUAUGAACAUGCCAUAUCCAUCAUCGGGAAGACAUUAGCAGCUUUUGAUGAAGAUAACUUGAUUCCAUGUUAUGGAUUUGGAGAUGCAACAACACAUGAUCAAGAUGUUUUCAGCUUUUAUCCUGAAGAUGGUUUCUGUAAUGGAUUUGAAGAUGUUUUGAGUAGAUACAGAGAAAUUAUCCCUCAUCUCAAGCUUUCAGGCCCCACAUCUUUUGCCCCUGUCAUUGAACAGGCUAUGACAAUUGUUGAACAAAGUGGGGGCCAAUACCAUGUCCUAUUAAUCAUUGCUGAUGGGCAGGUAACAAGAAGUGUGGAUACUGAGAGUGGUCAAUUGAGUCUACAAGAACAGAAAACUGUAGAUGCCAUAGUCAAAGCAAGCAAGCUUCCACUCUCUAUUGUAUUAGUUGGGGUAGGAGACGGGCCGUGGGACAUGAUGAAGGAAUUUGACGAUAAUAUCCCUGACCGUGACUUUGAUAAUUUCCAGAUCAUGUCAAAAGACACGAGUUCAAUCCGAAAAGAAACGGAUUUUGCUCUUUCCGCAUUGAUGGAAAUCCCUUCUCAAUAUAAAGCAACAAUCGAACUAAAUUUACUUGGUAGUCGCAUAGGAAUGUCAUCGUGGAGGGCGGCCCUUCCUCUACCAAUCCCUCAGGCAUCCUCCUCCUCAUACAACACCUCAAAAGCAUUGGAGUUGGUUCCUUUUUCUCGUGUAUAUGGUCAAACUAGUCAACUUCUAAUAUCAGAAUCCAUUUCAAGAUCUACAAAUCAUAAAAACUUAUGUCCCAUUUGCCUUACUAACACCAACGACAUGGCCUUGGGGUGUGGACAUCAGACAUGUCAUGAGUGCGGGGAAACUCUUCAAUUGUGCCCGAUUUGCCGGAACUUGAUCGAAACUAGAAUAAAACUCCAUUAAAAACUAGUUUAUUUUAAUUUAGCUUCUUUCAUUUCAUGAAUCUUUGCCACCAACAAGGUGUUUUUUGUUCUUUUGGUGAGCCAUUUUAAUUAGGCUUAUUUUAUUUGGUGAUCUUAUUACCAAAACUCGACGUGAUUUGAUGUAAAUGAAGAUUUAUUUAUUUAUUUACUUUUUUUUUUGCUUACGAUAAAAUGAAUAUAUA